CAAUCUCCAAAGGGCUCUUCAGCCAUUUCAGAGAUCCACCGACGCAGCCAAGAUUGACGCAGCCAUGGAAGCCUUCGCCGUGCCGAUAGGAAGUUCUUCGGUUCGCGCUUUGUCUCGGCACCCGUCUGCCACUGCCACCGUGAGCUGUUUCGAGUCUUGGCGCACGAGCUCCCGAGCGCUCUUUGGAGCUGGAAGACAGGCUUUGGCUGGAACCAUUGGUGCGGUGACAUUCUCUCUGACCAGACUUGUCAGAGCUCGACGUGCUCGACGUCCUCGAGUCCCUCGGAGGGGCUGGGGCGACGACGUGAAGUUCUUCGAUGGCUCGGUGAAGUCGAACGUUGAGGCCGCGAACGGCUUGCGCUUGAUCACCUUGGAGGCUCCUGCAGAAGUCGCGGAGCCCUACAAGCGUGGUGGACAAUUCCUGCAGGCGAAGGCAGAUGAUGAAUCCAAGCCCUCCUUCUACGCCAUUUCCAGCGCACCAGGAGGAUCUUUGGAGUUUCUCAUCAAGGAUGUGCCUUCCAAUGAUUGGAUAACAGGCAGCAGCACUGGAGAUGUGUUGAAGGUGAGCCCUGUGAUGGGCAAAGGCUUCGACACUUCCUGCCAGGCAUGGGAAGAGGCCGAUGUGAAUCAGGUAAGCCUCUUUGCCACUGGCUCUGGCGUUGCACCGAUGAGGGCCGUGAUCGAGUCCAAAGCACUUGCAGGUAAAGCUUGUCGGAUGUACUAUGGUGCCAGAGAGGAAAGCAGCAUGGCAUAUGCAGAUCGCUUUGAUGAGUGGAGGCGUGCAGGCGUCGAGAUUGUGCCUGUUCUCUCCCAAGGUGCAGAGGCUUGGACAGGACGCCGUGGCUACGUCCAGGAAGUGAUGCGAGAAGAUGAGGAAAGGGGGGAAGGCUUCGUCCUUUCCGCCAACCAUGGCGCCUUGCUGUGCGGCCAGAAAGACAUGGUUGCGGCAGUAAGGCAGGUGUACGAGGAGCUCGGUGUGCCCGAGGAACGUACUCUGCUCAACUUUUGAUUUGCCUGCGGCCUCAAAAGAACAGCAUUGGCUGCGUCUGAGUGAUGCUUUUUGCAGAACCAGUCGCAUGUUUCGCAACCAAAAG